AUGCCUAAAAUCAAGUGCAUCCCCACAAACCCAUAUGGCUGGGGCCGUUUAGCCAGGGACCACGGAGUAGACAAGGUGACAGUCAACAAGAUCGAUGCCAUGCAGUCUGGUUCCUGCGUCACACCCGAGCAAUUCCUCACAUUCCGCGUUUUUUGGCGUCCAAGGAAGACAGUGAAGCAGAUUACUGGUCGAAAUGGAGUGUUCAAAAAAGACGAUCUUGAGAAAAUGGCGGAGAUCUUCAGAACUAAUAAUGAACGCUUCCACGCCGACUUCGAAGCUUACCUGCGGUCAAUCAGAGACAAGAGUGAUGCUUCGAUUGAGUUGGGACCAUUUGCGGUCGUCAGAGAAUACCAAUUGGAAGCCGCUAAAAUGGCGCUGAUAGCAUUUCUCGACGCGGUAACCCUGAAUACCCCCAACCACAAGUGUUAUUGGGGUAUACGACGUCUCCCGUUCAAGGUCAAGUUCGAUCAAGCCAGCAUAGAGGCCCGCACAGAUGGCUAUCUGCCCAAUCGCGCUAGGGACGAAGAAGCGUUCGCAAUCGUGGAAACCAAGGCUCGUCUCCGGCAAAAAGGCGACCAGAGAGAUUGCGAAAUCUACAUGCAAGAAAGCGCCGAGAUGGUCGUUUGGAUACUUAAGGACAAGCGUGAGGGACGCACAGUGCGCCUCAACAACCAACGCCUUCUAGUCUCCCAAGAUCGACAUAAAAUCUACCUUACCUGGGCAUCAUAUAAUGCAUCCUAUGUCGACUACGCACAGAUGGCUAUCUCUACGGACCCAGGGGGGGCGACGAAGCAUUCGCAAUUGUGGAAACCAAGGCUCAGUGUUGAGGAAGAUCAGGAUUUAGGAAUGUGA